GAUGCUAUCGUAAUUGCUAUCAAAAACGAAUUAUCAAUCGAUGUGGAUGCGCAGAUCCAAGAUUUCCAAAACCCUCUAGUAGAACACAAAUUUGUGACAUUAGAAAUGAGUACACGAGUAAAAAACUGUCUUUCCCUUGAGAGUGCUAAAAUGACGAAAAGAAAAUCGUGCAGAUGUAUGCAUCCCUGUAAGCAGGACGUCUAUACCACAACGUAUUCAGCGGCAAAAUGGCCAUCUGAAAGUAAUAGAAUUGAAUGUGAUUCGAAAGACUGCAACUCAUAUUACAGUGAGCAUGCAGCUAUGUUGGAAAUUUACUAUGAACAAAUGAGUUAUGAGAUUCUUCGAGAAUCGGAAUCGUACUCAAUUGUCAACCUCGUCUCCGACGUUGGUGGUCAGAUGGGGCUGUGGUUGGGUAAGCAUUGCUGA